AUGGGUACAACACCGAGUCGCUAUGAAGAACUCUCCAAAAAUGUGCACUUGGAGAAAUUUUGUGGAAAGCAGCGCAUACUCUUAACUGAUCCAUUUUGGGAGACAUUUCUGUCUUAUAAUAUGCGUCCACCUAUCACCAGGAAUGAUCAAAUAGAACUUGACUCUCGUUUGGAUAUAUCAUGUCAGCAGUUACUCGUUAAUAAUUUGACUACUGGCAACUUUGGUAUUUUGAUUCAGUUUGCUCUUAUGCGCAUUAAUGAUUUGCUUGCUCCUGUUCAUAAUCAAAAUAUAAUAUCGGCGUGGCAAACGUACAACGUAUUAUUUGCUGUACGAUGCAUUUUAAAGUAUUUAGUCGAGACAGUCGGUGAAGAACAAAUGCUGAUCCAUAUCGAAGCGCCACAAAAUGUUACAAUGAAUGAACAAUCGAUGAUGUCUUCCGAUAGACUGGAAGAAUUUUUCGAAACUUUGAUAGAACUCAUUACGGAUGUACCUUUAUGUGAAUUUACGUACAUCGUUCACUUGGAAGCAAUUAAUUGUUUACUCGUGUUACUCUCGGUGCAGCUAUUUUCCCAAACUGCAGCCGAAUAUAGCGCUGUAUAUAGGAUAGCAAUGCAUGCGCAUUCGAGUACCUGCAGUCAACAUGCACCAGCUGUGGUGUGCACAUUGUUGCACAAUUUCAUUCAACAAGAACACGCUCCUCCGGGAUUGCUGACGCAACAACCCGGUGGUGGCAUUGUAUUCAGUAUUGCUGCUGGUUUGUGGAACGUCAUAAGAAUGGGUAUGGGCAGUGGUUCGAAGAAUAUACAGAUUGCACAUAAUGGCGCUACCGAGGACGAAGAGAAGAAGCGGGAUACAGAAACUCCGCUCGCUAGUCAAUCCUUGCUGUUACUAUUGGUUCUGACGAAUCAUUGUACUUCUAUGGAAAAUCCAUACAGAAACGCACUUUUUUCUUUUAUAGAUAUGCAAGAAGAUUAUAAUAUGACGCAAACGAAAAGAGCUGAUGCCUUCAAGUUUAAUCUGAAUAAAAUGUACAAUACUAUUUGUAAGAUACCAAAUACGGACGAAGUCACGCUCUUACUCUAUAUGCUGUUACAUAGAAACUCAAGUGUGAAACAGGACAUAAUGAGAAGACCCGACAUACAAUUAUUGGUAACGCCGAUAUUGCAAAUUCUGUACCAUGCUCCAAAUAACACAUCGCAUCAUAUUUACAUGUCUCUUAUCAUCCUCCUGAUUUUAAGCGAAGAUGAAACAUUCAACAAACGGAUACAUGAAAUUAUGCUCAAGGGUGUCACAUGGUACACCGAGAGAUCUAUAAGUGAAAUAUCACUAGGUGGUCUCUUGAUCCUCGUCGUUAUUCGCACAAUACAGUAUAACAUGUUUAAAAUGAGAGACAAAUAUCUCCAUACAAACUGUCUAGCAGCCUUGGCGAACAUGUCUGCCCAAUUCACGUCGCUGCACCCUUAUGUCAGUCAAAGAUUGCUGAGUCUGUUUGAAACGCUUGCUAAGAAGCAUGCGCGAUUAGAAGCAAAAAUUCGAACGCAGCCGGCAAUUUCCACCGACAGCAGCAGCACCGUUGUAACUGUUAAUGGAGCUGUCGCAAACACAGAUUUGAUUCAAGACCUGACCAUAUUAGAAGAAGUCUUACGGAUGGUGUUGGAAAUUAUCAACAGCUGUCUAACCCAUAGACUCGCGCAUAAUCCUAAUUUAAUUUAUACCCUUCUGUACAAGAAAGACGUCUUUCAACCAUUCAGGACGCAUUCCGCUUUUCAAGAUAUCGUGCAAAAUAUCGAUUCUGUAAUAAACUUCUUCUCUUAUAAAUUGGAGCAAAAGGAUCAAUCGCAACUCGGCGUUAGUCAGGUAUUAGCCACUAUACAGCAAGGAACUUUGGAGUGGCCACGAGAUCGCUUGAGAAAAUUUCCAGAAUUAAAGUUCAAAUAUGUGGAAGAAGAACAACCGGAAGAAUUCUUCAUUCCUUAUGUAUGGAGCGUCGUUUGUCAAGGAGCGUUAUUACAUUGGAGUGCAGAAAAUAUAAAAUUGUUUUCCCCUAACAAUGGCGAGACAACGAUUAUUGUUUGCUGAUACUGAGACGAAGGGUGCGCUGUGCUGUAACAAGUAUUGCUGAGCGAUAAUGUGUUUGAGAUGAUACGAUUUGUCGGAUAUGUUAAAGUAUAAGUUACAUCAUCUUUUUGAUGCGAGAAGAUAUGGGAAUUUUCACAACACGACUAAAACAACGUGAGAAUCGUCAACGUAUACGGCAUAUGCACAAGGAGAAUAUUUAACAACCAAUGUGAUAUUUCACACAAAGUUCUGCGUUCCCACCCGAGUGCACUCGAGAGUAUAAUUCGUAAUACUAUACUCUUGGAUGCUGGGUGGCGCCUCAAGAUGAAUAUCGUCACACAGAAAGAUCGCUGUAAUCUGAAUAUUCAAAACGACCAUAUCAUCCAAUCUUUUGUGUUAUUACUAUUUUAAUAUUUAUUAUGAAAAUAUGACAGAGAGAAAGAGAGAGAGAGAGAGAGAAUGAAACAUGUGAAAAUAUUUAUGUUUAUUAUAAAGGAAGGAACCUUUUCACCUUCCAUUUUUCCAUUCAUGUUAUAUACUUUGUUCGAUAAGAUGGAUGGAUGAAGGUAUGACUCGUUGUAUAAAAGAUAAUACAUCACACGAUAGAGAUAAUAUUAUGCCAAUGAGAGUGUGCGAUUCAUCGACGGGACAGGAGUAUUAUUGUAACAUUUUCCAUUGCGAACGCUAUCAUAUAAGGAACGAUAGAAAAUAUUAAUCGAUUCGAUCGAAUCGAAUUAAUCAAUUCUCUAUUAAUGUACACAUGAACAAUUACAAUGUUCGUAAGUGUUACGCAAUUUACAAACGUCUGCGUAACUUUGAUGUUACAACCGUUUCUUUUAGGACUUUUAGAGGGUCUUCUCUCUCUGUAUACACAAUGUAAUCCUUUGACUAGAUAUAUAUAUAUAUAUAUAUAUAUACUGUUAUAUAUAUAUAUGUAUGUAUGUAUGUAUACUGUUUCGACGUAUCGCAUAUAUAGAGAGAGGAGAAUAUAUCGCGAGUCUAAUUUCUCUCAUAAUAGCCUAAUCGCAAUUCCAUAUGUAUCGCGUUUUUGCAAACGCACCACUGUUUGUAAAUAACUGUCGAGGUAGGAAUUAUAGAAAAAAUUUCCAUCAGUCUGAUUACAGACUUUGCAACAUAAGCAUGAUGUAUAGCCCCGCAAUUUCUCGCGCGCUGUAUGUAUAUGUGCAAAUAUUAUUUCUAUUUAAUAUAUAUCAAAAAGAAAAUAAAAAUACACUUCUCUGUAAGUUACUCUGAUACUUUCUGAUCUAUGUAUCCCACUUUCACUUGACAUGAUUUACAAAACGGAGACUGAUAUAAGGAAAGAGAAUAAUAAUAAUUCACCGACCGCACAUUCUCAACCAACGAGCCAGUUAUACAACGCACAAAAUAUCGCGCGCACAACUGGCGCCAAUCACCUCUAUGAUAUGAUUAUAUAUAACAUAAUCAUCGAGACUGAACGACUCGUCGGCUAAAUCUGAAUGGUCGAUUUGCUCGAAUCUCCAAUGUACAUCUUUAUUAAACAAAUACAGUUGACGUCUUAAUGUUACUUAUAAUGUCGUAGAUGUUAUAGAUAAUAUUUCAUUUUCCUAGCCUGUGCAGCGUGUAUAUGCGGCCGCGCGUGAUCUUGUAUUGUGUACGUGUGUAUAAUUAUCAUACUAUUGCUAAUAUUUCAGUUUUGUUGAACAAUCUUUCAGUUUGCAGAGUAACAAGGUAAUUUGACAUUUCUGUGCGUCGCGGUGCAGACGCGCCGAGUAACUCAGUGUGUCACGUUAAAUUUCAGACUCGUUCGAGUCAUUGGGCUUGAAACGUGUGUGUGCUUAGCAUACAGAUAGUACAAUAUGUCUUUUUUUUUGUUAUUUAUCCAUAAUAAUUUGAUUCCUUAACUGUACUAUAUUGUUACUUAAUCUUAUUAGUUAACACACAAUCAAUCGGGAGGGAAUUUAGUCGGCACGUAAUAUAUUAUUUCAUUACGGCCUAGCGCUAAUCAGUAGUUGAAUAUUUCAUUCGCCGUGCAAUUUACCGCUCGCCUUUUCGCCAGAAUCACGCAUGCAAUUGUUUUUUUAUUAGGGCAAUGCACAUGUAAUUGGAAAUAAUAACGACACCCUAUGCAAUGAACGCUCGUAAAACUCGUUCGAACGUGGUACCUUGUGUGUGUGUGUGUUACAUUCUUCUAUAUUGUGUAUAAUGUUAUACCUUACGUUAUAUAUACUGGGUAAUCUUUUUUUCAUCCUUACCAUGCUUUAAGCAUUCAAUCUUUGAAUUUCACUAUGAUAUUCGUAUAAAUAAAUCGAUCGAUACGCUGAGUUACGUUAACAAAUUCUAUCGUUAUAGAAAUUUAUCGAUACAACCGAUUAACUCAACUUUAUGACAUUACCAAGUAUCGUGCUUUCACAACAAGAUAUAUAUAUUUGUCGAAUUUCGAAGAAUGAAUAUUGAUUUUCUACAUUUCUACUAAUUCGGCCCGUUAAAAAGGCAAUCGAGCGAAUGCUACGAGCGUUUGCUUCAUGAAGCGUUACAAUUUCUCAAAUUACACACGCACGCAAUUACGCACGCACGGUUUGCUGUCGUCGAAUGCGUAAGAAUGUGUGUGUGUGUGUGUGUGUACACGCGCAUGUUCUGUGUGUAUGAGCACGUGUAUAUAAUGUGAAAAUCUAUACGCAUUGAUAACGGGCGUGUAAUAGUCGUCGAGCAGACGAUGCCUUUUUGCAAAAAUUUAAAAAUUUUAAUUUGCGUGUUAUACUAUUUAACUUACGACACAUUUCCGCGAGCUCUAGCGUUCUUCAUCAAAUUUAAAAUAUUUCUCUGACCGUUAGGCAAAUGGUGUGUGUGUGUGUGUGUGUGUGUGGUUCGCGCGCGCGCGCGCGCGCAUGUAAGUGAGACGAGGGUGAGGAAGAGAAAUAUAUAUAUUUAUAUACGUAACAUACAUACACGAGGGUACCUGUGCAUAUAUAUACGUACACGCUAGCUGCCUACAAAAUACAAUAGUACAUUACAAAUUCAUACUGUCCUUUUUCUCUCUCUCUUCCUUCUUUUCCCUUAUAUCACUUGCAAACAGCUCAUAUUUUGUAUGUAUGUGUGUGUGUGUGUGUGUGUGUGUGUGUGUGUGUGUGUGUGUGUGUGUGUGUGUGUGUGUNAUAUAUAUAUUAUAUAUUAUAGUAUCAUCUAGUUGGUUUGCAUAGUUCUUUCCUUUCCCAUUAAUUAGUAAUUAAGUACCUCUUUAGAACAAGUGCCACCCGAUUACGUCUUAUUAUUUCUCAAUUAUCGGUCGACAGAGAUUUUUUCACAAUUUCUGUGUCACGAUACGAUAGCGAAGAAAUAUUCGCGUCAAGAGAACACUCUCCUUAUUUUACAUCAUUUAAACAUGUUGACACGUUUCAUCGAGAUAUUUUCAAUUCCAAACCAUGAUAUCGUUUACUCGCGACCGAAUAAUUUUCUGAUAUCAAAAUAAGCGUGAAAACGAAAGAGAUGGCUAUCAAUUGUUGAUGGCUAUCAAUUGUUGAUCAAUUGGGAUCUUCUAGUAGUCGAGUUGUUUUCUACGAGAUCCGUUGCGCUAUCUUAAUGUGCUCAACUUUAGCGCGCUCUCCCAACCCCUUUUUGUUCAACAUCCGACAUCGCGUUGGGUACUUACAAAAAAAGAUGGGUAGGUAAGUAGAUACGUCACAAUGUCGCAUAUAUCAUUAAACGUCACGAUAUCAGGCAACGAUCCAACAAAUACUCACAUAUCUCACGAAUUGCACGAUUCAUCACCUCGUGUGUGCUCACGCGCGAAUGCUUAUACUCGAAGAAUAAGCGUACAAACGCGUGUGUACAUCGACGUAAGCUAAUUUAGACACACUGGCCAGAUCCUUCGUUCGAUCCAACUACUACCGAAUUUCACGCCUCAUUCAAGUCAUUCUCUUGAUUGAUCGAUCUACUACCUUCACUCUGCUGUGCUGCACGACGCUUAUAAAAUACGAGAUUACAAGAUUUAAA